AUGAGCGCGACGGCGAUCGACUUUGGUCAUGAGCUCCCAGAUCAGUUGCCGACCAUCGCAGCCGCACUCUCGGCGCAGCUCUCGCUUGAGACCGACGUCGCUGCCUUCCUCGCCGAACGAGCUGCCAUCGAACGGGACUAUGCCGCCAAGCUACAAUCGCUUGUGCGCAAGUAUCGUGACAAGAUAGCGAAACGUGACCAGGACAUCUCCGUUGGCCCAACGCCCACGAUCGAAUGGAAGCAUGCUCAGUCCACCCUGGGCACGCACAUCACAGAUCUCUACUCGACACACGAUGCGACCGCUGCCGACCACGGCAGCCUCGCUUCUACGCUCGAUGACAUUUCGAAUAAGAUGAAUGUUAGCACGAAGGCGCGCGAGGAUCUGCGGAAGAAGCACACUUCCUACGCCAAUAAGCUUCUCUCGGAUCGCGAAACGACCUACUCGGCUAAGGACAAGGCCAAGGCCAAGUACGAUGAGCUAUGCCACGAGCUCGACUCGCAGCGACAGAAGCGAGAGAAGGCAGCUUCAGGAGAUAAGCAUGCGGAUCGUGCAGCGAAAGCCUUCCAGUCGGCAGAAAUGGACAUGUGGAACGGCAAGAACAGCUACCUCAUUCAGAUCUCUGUCUCCAAUAGCGCCAAGCAGCGCUUCUAUCGCAACGACCUGCCUGUGGUGCAGAACAGCCUACAGUCGUUGUGGACGCUGUCGACCAAUCGAUUUGCCACAUCUACGGCAAAAGCACAGUCGGUCUUCGCAGCGCAUCACGAGCUCGUCGCCAAGAAGCAUCGCGAUCUCGAAUUCAAGGCGUCCCAAGUCGAUCCGGUGCAGGACCAGAACCUCUUCGCCCAACACAAUCAGCAGCGGUGGCAGGAACCGGGCGGCUGGACCUUCGAGCCGUGCUCUGGCUUCUUCGAUACAGGCGAGAUGUCGACUGAGCCCUCCGCCGUUACCUUCCUCCAGAACCGGCUGAUCCGCUGUCGAACCCGCAUCGCUGAGCUCGAGCCCCUCGCAGAGGCCAAGCUCAAGGAAGUCGAAGGCCUGCGCAACCUACGCGACGCUUACGAGAAGCAGUCCGACCUCGGUAAUCCCGACGAAGUAAUAGACAAUCUCUUUGAAAGUGUCCGCACGCUGUUCGGCUUCGAGAUCGAGCUGCACGACCUCGAGGCAGAGGUAGAGACCAUCACCGCCAAUAUCGGCGGCGAUCAGAGCCAGGCAAGACCGCAUCGAUUCAAGCCCGCUUCGUUCGGCAUCCCGACCAAGUGCGAUUUGUGCGGCGACAAGAUCUGGGGACUGGCCAGCAAGGGGUCGGUGUGCAAGCCGUGUGGGUACACGGUGCAUCAGAAGUGCGAGAUGAAGGUGCCUGCGGAAUGCAAGGCUGCGCCGGGGGGUGGAGUGGCUGCCAGCACGGGCUCUCCACGGGCCUCGAGCAGUAUCAGUCGGUCGAAUCGCUCCAGUGGUAUCUUUGCAAGUGGAAAGACACGGAGCACAGCGAGUCAGGCGGCCCCGAACAGCGGCGACAAAGGUCCCACGGGUAGGGUCUUAUUUGCCUUCGAAGCAUCCAGUCCCCACGAGCUGAACGUUGUCGAGGGCGAGUCGGUGGAGAUGCUGGAAGAAGACGUCGACGGUAGUGGCUGGAUCAAGGUUCGCGCAGGCGCGGGUAGAGAAGGUCUCGUUCCGACAUCCUAUUGCGACUUCAGCAAUCAUACGGCGGCACCAACAGCGACAACACAAGACACAGGAUACAACGGCGCAAAAGCUAUGCCAGCGACACAAGGCUGUGGCCUGUUCGUCAAGGCGCUCUACGAUUACGCGGCGCAGGGCAUGGACGAACACUCGCUGUCGGAAGGCGAGCGGCUCGAGCUGACCGCAACAGGAAUGAGCUAUGCAGACGGUUGGUGCGAGGUGAUCAAGGACGGUCGCACAGCCAUCGUCCCUUCCAACUACGUAGAGGAGUUGUGA